UUAUUUUUCCUUUAGAAAACGUGAGAAUACCCCCUGUGAAAUUGAACUAAGCUUUUCAAGGAGUUCAGCGAGAAUGACAAGGUUCCUGCCUCGUGCAGCGCGAUUAGCGCUGGCCUUCUCAGUCUGUUUGUCGGUCAUCGAAGCCCAACGUGGAGGAAGCGGCGGCGGGUUUCGUCCCGGAUCCGGCGGCUCUCACGGCGGUGUCGGUGGUGGCGUCGGCAGUCAUGGAGGCGGCGGAGGCUUUGGUGGUGGCGGUAGUCACGGAGGCGUAGGCGGAGGCUUUGGUGGUGGCGGCAGUCACGGAGGCGGAGGCUUUGGUGUUGGCGGCAGCCCGGGAGGCGUAGGCGGAGGCUUCGGUGGCGGUCAUGGAGCCGGCAGUCAUGGAGGCGGCAGUCAUGGAGGCGUAGGCGGUGGUUUCGGCGGCAGUGGCGGAGGAUUCAGGCCCGGUGGAAACUUGAAUGGCGGAGGAAUCGGUGGUGGAUUCAACCCCGGCGUCGGGGUUAUCGCAGUCCUCGCCAAUAAUUUAUUGGUACAGCAUUAA